CAAAUAAUUAGCACAGCAUGAAUUAGCAUGUCAACACAGGAAACAUUGUAAAGUAUUACCAAAAGGUAAAUAAAAAAACUCAUAGCCAGAGAUACGCGUGCAUGCGGCCAUCAGAAUUUGGUAAUCAUUUGCCCCCCACUCCCCCAAAAAAACGAACACAAUGAGGACAAAACGGUCUCAUUGACUUCAUUGCUACUCUCUCCGGAUUCCAGCUCUAGCGUUUACACCCAUACAUUCUCUUCUUUGUCACGUUUUCUCAUCCGAAACAAGAAGGAAAGUGCAACACCUAGAACCAAUUAACUUUUCACACCAAUGUUUUACUUCUUUUUUAUGCUCUAGCGACUUGGUGAGCUCACACCCACCUUCUCCACUAGUAAAUGAAAUAUAAGACAACACCUUUCUCAUCCAUACAAAACAUUCCUCCUCCUCCCUCUCCAAGCACGUUUACGAUGCCCAAGCGCGGAAAGAGAUACGGUACAGGCGAUGAACCCAUGGUAGAUGAUGGAGGUGGUGGUGACUGCAAUGACACGAACAAGAAGGGGUCCAUCGCCAACAAACUAACGCUGCAAUCCAUGAUCUAUAUCUCAUGAAUGGUGACGAGGAUGAGGCUGAGUCUCAACUAACUCAAGUGGAUGGGAGCAGGACUAGUGGGUCGUCCAAGCAGACUGUCCGCCAGUGUACUGGAGCUGGGGGCAUUGACAUCUCACCUCAUCAACAACAGAAGCUGUGGCCAAAGGACCGGUCGGGCAUGUGGUGGAAGCAGUGCAGCAGCCCUGGCUACCCAGAGGCCAAAUUCUGCAGCCAUUUCCGGAUGGGUUGGGACACUUUUGACAUGAUAUGUGAUGCACUGGGCUCCGCCAUCGCCAAGGAGGAUACCUCGCUCCGCCCCUCCAUCCCUGUGCGCCAACGUGUUGCCGUCGGAAUCUGGCGCCUCGCCACCGGUGAGCCCCUCUGCAUCAUCUCUGGCCGCUUUGGUAUUGGCCUUUCUACAUGCCACAAGAUCGUCCUUGAGGUCUGCACCGCCAUCCGCCAAAGGCUCAUGCCCCGCUUUCUUCGGCGGCCUGACCAGGCCGCCAUCUUCAAGGGCAGCUUUAAGGCCAUCUCCAGCAUGCCAGACGUCGUUUGUGUCAUCUAUACAACCCACAUCCCAAUCAUCGAACCGCAAAUGUGGGCCAGCAAGUACUACAACCCUAGUCACGCAAAGCGCAACAAGAAGCCCUCCUACUCCACCACCCUCCAGGGGGUCGUCGACCAUAAUGGCAUUUUCAGUGAUGUAUGCAUCGGUUGGCCUGGAAGCAUGAAUGAUGAUGAGGUCCUCAGCAAUUCACUUCUGCAGCAGCAUGGCUGCAAUGGCAUGAUGAUUGGCUCAUGGGUGGUCGGCGGCUCUAGCUACCCACUGAUGGACUGGAUUCUCGUCCCAUACACACACCAAAACCUGACAAGGGAACAACAAGCGUUCAACAAGAAGGUCGCGAAGCUACGGCACGUGUCCAUGGAUGCCUUUGCAUGACUGAAGGAACGAUGGACGUGCCUGCAAAAGCACGCACAUAUGAAGAUCUCGGAUCUCCCUACCAUGAUCGGCGCAUGUUGUGUGCUGCACAAUAUAUGUCAGGUGAAAGGGGAAGAGAUGGGCCCAGAGCUACAGUGUGACAUCAUUGACGACGAGACAGUGCCAAAGAACCUUGUGCAUUCUGAGAGCGCCAGCAAGGCGAGAGACAAGAUCACUCACAACCUCUUCCAUAGUGGGCUGGGCGACACCAAGUUUUGAUCCACAUUCUCAAUUUGUCAUCAUAGUCAUCACUGACCAUUAGUUUGAUCAAUUUACCGAUCCUUCCUUUCUUAUUUAAUUUGGUUGAUUUGCAUUGGAAUCAAUCCAUUAAGGAUCCCCAAUUUAUUGUUACUUGCUCACAGACCUGGGAGAGGAAUUUGAUGGGGUAGCUGAGAUUCCCAAGACAUCAUAUGCAAAAUUAAACAAGGGAAGCAAACGUCUUCCAGUUAUUCUUUCUACUGGUUUGGUUAGUUACUUAGUUUGCAUCGAUUUGGUCAGAGAAAUUUCUGCUUCCUAUGCUAUGCGUGUUUCAUCCCAUUGUACUCCAGAAAAUUCUCGUUCCUUAUUUGCCGCAGCAAUGCAAGACCAAACUUGGUUAAAGGGUUUCUAUUUUGUAGUAUUGAAUUUAUCCACUGAAAGCCUCCUUGGAACACCGCAACUUCACAGGAAUUAGAAGGAAAAAAUCCCCAAGUCCCAGAGAAGACUUAAUAUUCUUGCAACAUCUACACUACAAUUCCAGAUGAUUCUAACCACUACCUAAGAUGAUCCUAUCUAUUACAGCACAUGGUUCAGAGUAGGCCUAAUAUGAUAUCACCAACAAGCGUCCUGUCAAUUGAGUCCAAGAGAAACGCAGUUUGUGGCUUUAUUAAUCGUUUAACAUUAUGAUAGUUAGGAAACGAACUGGUAGUCACUUUAUUAACAGAAUGAAUCUGGCCAUUUAUUAUUCUACAUCUACGACAGAUUAACCCGAAGGGCAGAGCAAGUGCAAGGUCGCU